AUGUGUUUCCACGAAAUCGUCGGUGACUAUUGGACAGGGUGUGGCCACUUUCAUGGAAGAUAUUUCACCGGAGUGACCUCCGACUGCGGCUCCUCACGGUGUAAGACGAGUGCAUCUCACAUGCACAAGACAGCGCGAAAUUGUGGGUGCCCCUCGGUGGUGACGGAAGACCGCCGGGUGCAAAACCUGUACCGAACACCUCAUCCUGACUGUGUACGACCGUCACGGUAA